UGCAUGUUGGCAUUCGAGCGUUCAUCCAAUAUAGCUCAGUUGUAUUUUCGCGUUCAGCGAGAAACGCACGUAUGGGAUUUUAGCGGGAAACGAAUGACUGCACAGAAAUUAUUUGGAGGAAAUUAUGCACUCAAACAAGUGUUAACUGUUAAAAUAUGUGAUUGAUUGAAGUUAAUUAGACUGAAAAUUAGACCGAUUUUUUGGAUUGUGUAUUUUUGGACCUGAAAUCGAUUAUAUGAAGACAUUUGAGAAAAAGAAAUACUAGCCAUGUCGAUGACACAUCGAUCUCAGAGACAACAGUGUUAUUUAUGUGACUUGCCCCGCAUGCCAUGGGCAAUGGUGCAAGAUUUCUCAGAGCCUGUGUGCAGGGGAUGCGUUAAUUAUGAGGGUGCAGACAGAAUUGAAAUGGUGUUGGAUCUUGCGCGGCAAAUGAAAAGGGCUACAGGGUUUCAAGAUUCCCGAGGUCCAAUAAAACCCGGGCACCAUGGACCUAUGCCACCACAUCCCAGAAACCCGCACGAUCAUCAUGGCUCCAUGGAACCGCCAAGAAAUCACCCCGCUUCAGUACAUGGGGAAAGGUUCGAAAGGUCACGUAUGGUUCCGGAUUUUAACGGUAUGCCACAGGGAAUGAUGCAAAAUGGUGGUCCUAUAUCAAAUCAUAUAGGUCGCGACGACCCCAAAUCUGAUAUGCACAGAUCUGCGCACAAUGUUCCAGUUUCACGUGCUGUUGGAUAUCCCCCUGGAUAUCAUCCGUCUGUUCACGGUCCAUUAAUGAACGGACCGCCACCCGGCCACAGUAUUACUCAAGGCAGACCGGUUAAUCCAGCUCUUAAAGACGACGAAGACAGUUCGAAUCCGAGUGGAGAUGAACUUUGGAAACGGAGAUCUCCAGAUGAUAAGAGACCUCCGAAUGUUCGUGAAAAUUUGUCAAUUUUGGCGACAAUAGUUCCGUUUGAAACAAGAUACAAAAAAGAUCAUACAGUUUGUGGUCGUGUAAUAGGAUUUGAUGUUCAGUCAAAAGCGGGGAAUGAAUAUGAACUAAAAGUGUUUACGGAAUAUCCUAUGGGCUCAGGUAACGUUUUUCCUAAUAUUGCUGCCGUUUCUAAGCAAAUGUCACAAGACGCUACGAAAGACCCGUCUCGCGGGGCGCCGUCGCCUGGAUUUAAAAGUCUAGAAUAUGAAAUGAAACACGGGUCUGGUGACUGGAGAUCUCUGUCGGAACUUUUAACAGACCAUGUUCGAAACUUUAAAGAGCCAUUGAAAAAGGACCUUUUGCCAACGCUAUAUAUAAACACAAGUUUACCGCCAGUUCCCAGUGCUAGUAUGUACCGUAUACCUAUGGGUCGCGGUGGCCCUACACAAAGAGCGUACCCGGAUUCAGCUGGAAGAAAACGGAAAGGAACACCUGAUCCGGAAACAGAACAAAACGAUCAGAAUAAAAGACAGUGGUAUCCGAAUCAUUCUGAAGCUAUGAAAAUGAGUGGCUAUCCUCAUAACAAUACUUCUCCAAUGGGCAACCAUGCCCCGAGUCCCCCGAAUGGCUCUGUGCCCGGGCCCUCUGGACAAAACGGACCAUCACCUAUGGCGGCAUUAAUGAAUGUCACUGACAAUUUAUCGGGCGCAUCGCCGCCUGGUCGGGACAUGAACGCGAGACUGCCUCACAGUGGUCGCCAUAAUAUUCAUUCACCAUCAACAAACUUUGCACGUGCACCGCGCUCUGUUAGUGAACCGGGAAUGGGCGGACCUUUAUCAGAAGGUAGUGCUAAUGCGGAAUCUUUAAAAUGUACCAUUUGUCAAGAAAGACUAGAAGACACGCAUUUUGUGCAAUGUCCGUCUGUCGGCGAUCACAAAUUUUGUUUCCCUUGUUCUCGAAACAGUAUAAAAAUGCAAGGGGCUGGAACGGAAGUGUACUGCCCAAGUGGUAAAAAGUGUCCCCUUGUAGGGUCCAGCGUUCCCUGGGCGUUUAUGCAGGGGGAAAUAGCAACCAUUCUAGGGGAGGAUUAUAAUAACAAAGAACCAAAGAUUAAAAAAGAAAGGGAUUCGUGACUUGAAUGAAAUUGGAUAUAAUUUUAACUGUUUGUGCAACGUUGGAUACUUUUACAUCUUCGUGGCUAAUUAACAUAAUUGUCAAAAAUAAAUUUACGCAAACUAUUAGGAUAUUUAUGUAUUAUUACUUGUAAAGGUGUAUUUACACAUAUAAUUUACAUUUUGAUGUUAUUUUUUCUCAAAAAGUUAAACCUAAGGUGACAAUUGUACAUAAAAUACCGGUGUAUCUAUCUAGCUUUGUUAAUUAACUUACAUAACACAAUUCUCUUGCCGGUUGUCGCUGUUUUCAAUGACGUUUCUUGGAACAAAUCUAGGACACGCGUAGGAAUUGGCAUGUAUUCCAUCUGGCAGAAAAGUCAUUAAACCGAGUGUUGACAUUUUCUUACAGUUGAGUACUAGCUCCAGCUUUCCUGCAAAAUGAUUCAUUUAGGCUCGAGAGAAGACAGUGUGACGCUACUAACAUUGCUGUAUCGAUCGGCCGUCGCGUUUCUUAUUACGUAUAAAACACGGUAAUUUACAAGACUCUGCUAAUAUAUAUGACCAUAUAUGUACAGUAUGUGAAUAGUAUGUACAUACGACUUGACAGGAUUAUUGUGGCUUCCUUUCCGUUUUUAACAAGAUCCAAAAUAGAAGUAAUACGACAGAGAUUCUUGUCAAAGAUGGCAGUAUGAAAACAACUUACUAUAUGUGUGACCAUAAAAGUACACUAUUUUAAGUAUUAAGUGCACAUAAUAUGGCCCAGUUUUGGGUUGAAUUUGUUUAGCAGAAGCAAGUUUAAACAGAAAGGCUAACACUAAUGUAAAUCAGUAUUUUUACAAAUACAUUGUAGUUUUGUCAAGCUAGUAAAAAGCGUUUUCAUUUCUCGGAAAUAAUUCAAGUUCGUUUUGCUUAUUUCUGCAGGUAAAUUAUGUUUUUACGUUAUAAAAAGAUGGAUUUAUAUUUUUUUUCAUUUUCCUGUGAAGUUUUCAAAAUUUGCAUAUAUGCUAUUUUAUCUUUUCGCCACGAACGAAUAUGAUACCCGUUGUUCAAAAUGCUUCCGGAAUGAAUGUUAAUCUUUUUAAAUGUCGACUUAAGCGUCUUAUAAGUGAUAAUAUUCUAUCUUUUAUUGUCUAAAAUGUUAUAACUAAUGUGCUAUUGAUAAUUUAAUUAUGAUGUUUUAGCUUUAUAUUGAAGAUCGUAUUCAGUGAAGCUUAUUUCUGUUACUUUUAUUACUGUUUUUGUCCUUUUAAAAUGUAAAUAAAAAUGUUUUUUAAAAAUCCAAA